CCCUUCUUAAAAAGGGGGACCACCACCCCAGUCUGCCAACCCAGAGGCACUGUCCCCGAUGUCCACGCGAUGUUGCAGAGGCGUGUCAACCAGAACAGCCCCACAACAUCCAGAGCCUUUAGGGACCCCCGGCAAAUCUCAUCCACCCCCGGGGCCUUGCCACCGAGGAGCUUUUUAACCACCUCGGUGACCUCAACCCCAGAGAUAGGAGAGCCCGCCUCAGAGAAGCCACACUCUGCUUCCUCAGGGGAAGGUGUGUCGGUGGAAUUGAGGAGGUCUUCGAAGUAUUCUCCCCACCGACUCACCACCAGGUGGUGAUCAGUCGACAGCUCCGCCCCUCUCUUCACCCGAGUGUCCAAGACAUGCGGCCGCAAGUCCGAUGACACGACCACAAAGUCGAUCAUCGAACUGCGACCUCACACACCAGCUCGGGCUCCUUCCCUGCCAGAGAGGUGACAUUCCACAUCCCUAGAGCCAGCUUCUGUAGCCGGGGGUCGGCUCGCCAAGGUCCCUGCCUUCGGCCAUCGCCCAGCUCGCACUGCACCCGACCGCUAUGGCCCCACCCACAGGUGGCGAGCCCAUGGGAAGGGGUCCCACGUUACCCUUUCGGGCCCCCGUGGGUGCCGGCCACCAGGCGCUCGCCUUCGAGCCCCACCUCCAGGCCUGGCUCCAGAAGGGGGCACCGGUGACCCGCGUCCGGGCUACACAGACAUCAUUUGAACCAAUAAUAAAGUGUAAAUGAUUGCUGUCAUGACUGGAGCUGAGACUGAGGAUGAGAUUCCUUUUGGUGAAAGGAAAACAGUCACAGAUUUUUGUUACCUCCUGGACAAAUCAAAGCAACUUUUCAAUGGAUUAAGGGACCUUCCUCAGUACGGACACAAGCAGUGGCAGUCCUACUUUGGGCGAACGUUUGAUGUUUACACCAAGCUGUGGAAAUUUCAGCAGCAGCACAGGCAGAUUCUGGACAGCCGCUAUGGCUUGAAGAGAUGGCAGAUUGGGGAAGUUGCAUCCAAAAUUGGACAGCUUUACUACCACUACUACCUGCGUACAUCUGAAACAAGUUACCUGAAUGAGGCAUUUUCUUUCUACUCAGCCAUCCGACAGCGGUCUUACUACUAUCAGGUCAACAGAGAGGACAGGCCAGAAUUAGUUGUGAAGAAACUUCGAUACUAUGCCCGAUACAUAGUUGUCUGUUUACUGCUGAACAAGAUGGACCUGGUCAAGGUUUUGGUGAAGGAGUUAUCUGAAGAAAUCGAAGACUAUACACAACGAUUCAACACUGAGGAUCAAUUGGAAUGGAACCUGGUUCUACAGGAGGUGGCAUCUUUUGUAGAGGCAGACCCAGUGGUACUCCUUGAUGAGAACAGUUCGGUCACUGUCAUCAGCUAUCGUCUUCAAGAGGGAUGUGUGCCUCCCUUGGAACAAGGCAUGGUGGUUGGGCAACUCGUCCUUGCAGACGCACUCAUCAUUGGCAACUCUAACAGCCAGGUGAAGUUCAGUGAAUUGACUAUAGACAUGUUCCGUAUGCUUCAAGCAUUGGAGAGGGAACCAGCAAAUAUUGCUAUACAGACAUCGAAACAAGGAAUUCUGGAACCCACUGAGAAGCCUGCCAAACGGGAAAACCCCCACAAGUAUCUACUGUACAAGCCAACAUUCAGCCAGCUUUUUACAUUCUUGUCUGCCUCCUUUAAGGAACUGCCAGCAAACAGUGUUCUACUUGUCUACCUGUCAGCAGCCGGAGUCUAUCCAUCUGUAAAUUCUGAAUAUGAAGGACCAUUUGACUUCGGAGGGGUUCUCACAAAUUCAAAUCGAGAUAUUGUGAAUGGAGAGGUGAUUCAGAAGAGAAAUCAGUCCCAUAAAGAAAUGCACUGCCUUCAUCCCGGUGACUUACUCCCUUUCACUCGGAAGCCACUGUUUAUUAUUGUGGAUUCAACAAACAGCACCGCUUAUAAGAAUUUCACAAAUAUGUUUGGCCAACCUUUGGUGUGCCUACUAUCACCGAAAGUAUAUCCCAAGAGUGUACAAGAUCAGUCUCAACGUGGGAGUCUCUUCACCCUGUUCCUGUACAGCCCACUUUUGGCUUUCUUCUCUGUGUGUGGUUUAAGCAGCGUGAGAGGAAAACUUUGGCAGAGCACUCAAGAAUUCCUUCACAAAGUUGACCGUGACAUUGGGCAAAUGAUAACCCGAUCACAAACCAUAGAUCAAGCCUUUUUACAAUUCUUUGGUGAUGAAUUCCUUCGACUUCUGCUGAUCCGCUUUGUGUUUUGUUCAGCUACAUUGAGACUGCAUAAAGUCUUUCGGGAGGCACAGAGCUUCCCUGAGUCAUAUCCUGAGCUCCCCAAACAAGACACGGUGGAGAACAGCAUUCUGCAGAAGCAUAUUUUGAAGAUGGCAUCCCUUCUGGAUGUGCAGAACAUGUUUUGGGACAAUUCAGUAGAAGCCUAUUGAAUUUUUCUUUUGUGGUCAGGACCAAAUAGUUGGUGUGGAAAAGCCUCCACAUCCUGUACACUCAUCUGCUACAGCCUUUGUAGCAUUUUAAUUCUUCUCUUUAUUAUUAUUAUUAUUAUUAUUAUUUUUGGGGCUAUAAAAAAGUUGUCAAAUAACAAAUUUAUAACUGAAGUCCAGCUUUUAAAUUGAACUAGCUAACAUGUAGUGCUCGCUAUACUCAAAAGACUCAUGGACUACAAAUCAAUUGAGGCACUUCUAUCAGUUAGACAAUUUUGCAAAACCUGAAUGCUAUUGCUUGUUCAUGCAUCCUGUGACAAUGACUUUUCUGAUGUGGCACUGUAAUUAAUGACCUUUGGUUAGUUGUUGUUUUCAAGUGUAUAUACACGAAGAAAGCGUAUUUUUGGUCCAUUCUGAGCUAACUUUUGAGGUAUAUUUUGAACACAAGAACAUUUGAAUGAUCAAUGAAAUGACUAAUAAUGCACACACACAACAUCCAGGACAGGUUUUGCACUGUAGCAGGAAGCUAUAAAGCGAAACAAUGUUCUGUGGCCUCUGGAGUUAGGGAUUUAAUACCAGUACUAAUAGAAACUAAUUCCAAAAAAAGUAAACACAGGAACCAUUUGGAAUCUAUUUAUUUGCCAUCCAGUCAAAUUGGAGAACUUCUUUUUCAUGUUUAUUCUAUUGCCACUGUUUCUGUGUUCAUAUAAUGUAUCAAAAUGUAUUGUCCAAAGUGUUAGUUUAAAUGUUCUGAGUUCAAGUGGUGAUUCCAGCUUUCAAUGGUGCACACUUAUGUUUUAGGGGUUUUACGUUUGCGAAGGAACUUGAAUUUAUAUUAGGCGAUUAUAAACAAAGUCUUUAUAUUUAUUUGUAUACAGGUUUUUUUGUUUGUUUGUUUGUUUUCAAAGUUUUCAAAGCUUUUUCCACAGAGCAACAAAAUACAAAGCAAAGUAAAGCAAAUUUAUUGAUAUAGCGCAUUUCAUACACAAGGUAACUCAAUGUGCUUUACAUGAUUAAAAGCAUUUAAAAAAAAAAACCUGCUUAUAAACAAUUAAAACAGCGUACAGUGUAAGAAAUAUCAUUUAAAAGUGGAAAUGCUCUAAGAAGCAUAGGAAAAAAGAAGCGUUUUUAACCUGGACUUAAAAACAUGCACACUUGGGGCUCACGUCACUUCUGUUGGCAACGUAUUCCAUUUGUGUGCAGCAUAAUAGCUAAAUGCUGCUUCACCAUGUUUGCUUUGGACUCUGUGCUCCACUGUUUGACCCGAGUCUGUCGAUCGCAGAGCCCUACUGGGUUUAUAUUCCAUGAGCAUUUCAUUCAUGUAUUCAGGACCUAAACCGUUUAGUGAUUUAUGGACCAGUAGCAGAACUUUAAAAUCUAUUCUAAAACUGACUGGAAGCCAGUGUAAAGACUUUCGAAUUGGAGUAAUAUGCUCUGACCUCUCUGUUCUGGUCAGAACCCGAGCUGCAGCAUUCUGAAUGAGCUGCAGCUGUUUAAUGCUCUUUUUAGGGAGUUCAGUCAGAAGACCUUCACAAUAGUCAAGUCUAAUUGGGAUAAAAGCAUGGAUGAGCUUCUCCUGGUCUGCUUGACACAUGCAAGCCUUCACUCUGGAUAUGUUCUUCAGAUGGUAGAAGGCAGUUUUAGUAAUUGAUGUGAUAUGACUGUUGAAAGUCAGGUCGGAAUCUAUCAGGACACCAAGGCUUCGCACUUGGUAUUUGUUUUUUAAAGAGAGUGACUCCAGGUACUUACUAACAGCAAUCCUCUUUUCUUUAUUGCCCAAAACAAUUAUCUCAGUUUUGUUGUGGUUUAAUUGAAGCAAAUCUUCAGCUCAUUCAGUUAUUUAUCUGUUUUAGACAGUGACACACCACCUCAAUUGAACUGUAGUCAUCUGUCGACACUGCUAGAUAUAACUGUGUGUCAUCUGCAUAGCUAUGAUAGUCAAAAUUAAUUACCCAAGGGUAGCAUAUACAGGCUGAACAGAAGGGGUCCAAGAACUGACCCUUGAGGGACCCCAUAGGUCAUUGCCAUUCAAUGAGAUUCUUCUUUUCCUUUCAGCUUAUCCCUUUAGGGGUCGCCACAGCACGUCAUCCUUUUCUAUGUAAGCCUAUCUCCUGCAUUCUCCUCUCAAACACUAACUGCCCUACAUCCAUCAACCUUCUCUUUGGUCUUCCUCUUGCUCUCUUGCCUGGCAGCUCCACCCUCAUCAUCCUUCUACCAAUGUACUCACUAUUUCUCUUGGUCUGGACGUGUCCAAACCAUCGAAGUCUGCUCUCUCUAACUUUGUCUCCAAAACAUCGAACCUUGGCUGUCCCUCUGAUGAGCUCAUUUCUAAUUGUAUCCAACCUGGUCACUCCGACAGUGAACCUCAACAUCUUCAUUUCCGCCACCUCCAGCUCUGCUUCUUGUUGUCUCUUCAGUGCCACUCUGUCUCUAAUCCGUACAUCAUGGCUGGCCUCACCACUGUUUUAUAAACUUUGCCCUUCAUCCUAGCAGAGACUCUUCUGUCACAUAACACACCUGGCACCUUCCUCCACCCGUUCCAACCUGCUUGGACCCGUUAAAAUAACUUAACCCCUUGUCUAUUUAGACAGAAACCAUCUGCCUUGUAAAGAUAUCUGCACUCCCAAAAAAAUGCACAAAUUGUCAAUGAAACUCACGGGUAGUGCAGUAUACACUUCUUUGAGGCACUUAUUUAAUUGACUGAGCCUAGAGAAACGUUCAUCUCCAAAUCGUGCAAGUGGGAGAGGUCUACUAAUAAAAACCUCAGCAUCCAAACAAUGCACUUUUGUGAGGAGAUCAAUGAAAUCUCGCUUCAGUACCUCUGAUUGCUGAUUGAGAACAUCCAGGCCCCCUGUGUGUAUAUUGACAUAUUUCACAGUUGGGUGCUGAUUAGUGAUCUUCAGGGUUUUUUUUUUAGAGAUAUCACACACCAUGUCAUUGGUAACUUACUCCAAAAACGUUUCACAUCCUUGACAGCUCCAUCACCAACUAUUCACGUUUGGGGUGUCAUUUUUCUCUUGUAUGAUUUAGUUUCAUACCUUUCAGGGGUAGUGGGGGAUGAGCAUUCUUGGCCAGGGUUGAGUAAAAGUGGCUCAAAUCUCAUUGUAAGUUUGAUGUUGAUGUUACUAUCAAUUUCCCCCUUCUUUUUUUGCCAUUCAACCCAAUAGCUCAAAGAAGAAUAUUUUGUAUAUGUGUGCAUAUACAUAUGUAUCUCCACUGGCCAGGAACUUUUUUUUUUUUUUAAUAUUGCUCUUGGCAGCUUCCCUUUCAGGCUUCAGCUUGUUUGUUGUUGUUGUUUCCAUUCCAUAGCCAUUUGAUGCUAUUUCAAACCCAAUAUUUUGCAUUGUUAUUAUUAGAAAAUACCGCACAGCAGCAGCCAUUUUGACAUUGUAUGUUCUGUGAUUUUGAUCACCACAGUGGGAAUUGAGUCCGCAGUGUAAAGUUAUUAGAAUUUUUGUAUGUUGAGACAUGACUGUCAUGUUUGCUGUGGUAUUAGUUUCUGAGAUUAUUGUUAAUAAUGCGACCGUGAGAAUGAGCGGUUUGUUUAUUAACUGUGUGUUCACAUACAGCACGACUUAAUUUUUCUAUAGUUGUGUGUUGUUUGAAACAACACACAAAGCUGUUUCAAAGCUUUUGGAGUUUAGUAUGGUCUCAUACAAUACAUAUUUCGAUGGUUGAAAGAGCAAUUUGACUGGGUAGUGAGAAAGAAAACCCCUUGCACCCUUGGAAAAAGCUUGGACCCAGGAAUUUUGGACUCAUGUUUUUGAUGACAGAAAACAACUCAUGUUAAAAAUGCAUAAAUAGUCUUUACUGAAGAUUCACCUGUCCUUCGAUAAGCUUGUGAUUACCAUAUUGUGUACUUCAUUAUACUAAACCUUCCAAUUUGAAUAAUUGCUGUUCAAAAAAAAAAUGUUAAACUUGCAUAAUAGGUAUGAUAAUUUCCGAACACUUGACAUUGUCAUGUGUUUUGUAUGGCAUUACAAGCACAAAUGUCCACUGCGCUGCUUAUCGGGCCCACAUGAUACGCAUUGUCCAUGACUCCAUCCAUCCAUCCAUCCAUCCAUCCAUUUUCGUUACCACUUAGCGCUCUUGUCGCUUUACACACAAAUCAUUUAAAUGUUUGCUAUUUAUCCUGUUUUCUGGUCCAGUUAGCCUGUGGCCAUUUUUUCCUUUUUCAUGUAGGUGGUCUGUUAAGUGUUAGUUAGAUAUUGUGGUUGCUAUUUAAUGUCAAAUGUAUUGGGAAAAUUUAAGACGACAAUAUUGCAGACGUUAAUGUCUACAAGUAGCAUGUUUGUUUUGAUGAUUAAGUGCCAAUGACUGGUGUAUUCCCUCAAUUCAGCACACUGAUUGAAUACAAUUUAAUGUGUACGUGUCUUUCUGUGUUGCCAAAGUAAUACAAUAAAAUAUCAAGUAAAUGUGCCAUUAGAAAA